AUUUAUAAGUAGGCACUUGAAAUGGAAUCACACUUGAAAAAAAAUUGUCAAAUAACUUAACAGCGUGUAGUUUUUAAGGCACACUUUUUGGUUAGCAGCCAUGUACCAUUCCCUGGGGCCCAGAGGUGCCUACUUCAUGCGACCCUGUCCGCGGGAUCGGCUCUCCAGCUCGGCCAGCGCGGAUAAGGGAUACCGCUUCAAGAGAAUCCGCUACGGGAGCACUUGCGAGGCGGAGCGGCGAGCGGCCAAGGCGGCUCUGGAUGCGAAUGUGCCGCCGGCCAGGCUCUAUCUGCGCUCCACAUCACGGGGAUUGCGGCGUGCCCUCCACAUCUACAUGCCACGUUUCCAGCCCGACGAGCACUUGGCCUGCUCCGAGGAGGAGGAACAGCGGUCAGAGAGCUUGGAUCGAUUUAACGACCACUCGAUGGUGGCACCUCCUGCAGUUACGAAUAGGGAAUGAUUGAAAAAAGCGAAACAAUGCCACCAACAUCUGCUACCAAUUACAAUCGCCUGACGAUGGGGAGAAGGAUGGGGAGGAGCCUCCACUCGGCUGGUUUCUUCAGACAUCAACACGAGCACUCACUUUCCGGUUCUGCAUCUCGGGGCGUCUCACAAAUGUCAACGGAAUGGCUGUCAGCUAUCAAAAACUCUGUGGAAAUGGAAAAUCUGGGGAGCAGCGAGAUUGUUAAAUAUAUUUGGAAGUCUUAGGUUAUGAACUUAAGCCAGCAAAAUUUUCGAAAAAUACGGUUAGCCAAUAUCAAACUAAUUUAUAACUUUGUG